UUACACGCGUUAGAGCAUCUCCAACAUACUUUUAAGCUAAAAUUACUUAAAAUGCCAUUCCGAAUUAAUCCACAUUAUAAUUCCUAGUAUUGAAGAAUUUUUUUUAUUUUUUUGCUCUAUAUAUAUGGAGACAGGAGAUGCCACUCUUGUCCUAAAUAAAUCUCUAACCACUUUCAUCAAAACAAGAAUGGUGUGCAGAGCAGAAGAAGCUUUGAAGCAGAGAGAGAACCUAAAGAGGUGUAAACAAGAUCAUGAUCGCCAAAAGAAGAAGGUGCAAUCAAUCACAGAUUGCAAGAAAGAGAAAAGUUGUAGAUUCAAGCGAAGCACUUCUAAUCUCGACCAGGACGGCGCUUCCUCAGCCAUAUUUUUCCUCGCUUGCAUUGCCUGCUCAUCCUUCUCCAAUAAUCUUUAAUUAUUCUCGCUGUAACAGCAUCCACAGUUAAUUACUUUUCAUACAACGUUUAAUUAAAUCGUAGUCCUGUCUUCUAUUUGUUAAUUCUGUUGUUACCUUAUCUUGUGUUAUAAUUUUCUUAUUUUUUAUUUUCAUGUUUUAAUCUAUGUUCGUGUUAUAGUAAUAUACAACAGUUAUGGAAACAGUUUUGAGGAUGCAAAUUUAAGAUGCGUCGCUUGUGUUCGUAUUUGUAAGGAUAUAAAAUUUUUGUAUUUGUAUAUCGAACUUCUGUUAAGUAUGUUAACAUAUGGUUAAAGUUUCUAUAUCCUAAGAUGUAUUAAUUGUCGACUGGUUUGAGAAAGUGUUGGAAGAAAUUAUAUA